AUGACUACCGACAUUGAUUUGCCUCCCGCCGCCAGCCUGGGGCAGCCUCCCCAGGCUGCGGAUUCCGCGGCGUCUGACACUCUGCCGGAUCCUCCGGGCCCGUCGCCCGCCCAGACACCCGAUCCGACCGCCCUCGAGGAUGAUGUGGAUCCGGCCAGCCUGCCGGAUCAGAUCAUCAACGAGCUAUUUGACUCCUCCGACACGGCUGCCACCUCGCGCCCGGGCUCGGUGCUGGUCUUCGAGGACAUCACCUACAGCGUUCCCCUGGACUUGACACUCGUGGAGCGCAUGUCCGGGACUUUGAAGAGGGCGGCCGCCCUCCUGGCUCCCUGCCAAGCGGCCGACGACGAGGAAGCCGAUCCCGAGCCAAACAAGCCCGGCCCCAGUGCCAGCUCCUCGCGCUCGUCCGUGGCAUCGGCCCCCGGCGAGGGUGACCUGGGGCCCGGCUUUGGAAUGGCGCUGGGCGCCUCGCCAUCCGAUCGCGAUUACUCCGGCUACGUGUCGGUCUUCGGGACCGAUGUCGAUCCGGUGGCUGUGGCCCUGGAUUCCGGGCUGGCCGAGUAA